AGAUGGAGAUGAGCCCCAUCGAAGGAGAGUCUUCAUCGCCGGAAAAUGAAUCUAAAGACGUGGAAGCUUUACGCUUAAAACGGGGUCACGUUUUGGCAGAACUUGUCGAAACUGAACGAAUCUAUGUUGCUGAGUUAGGUUCUAUAAUCAAAGGGUACAAAAUGGAAUUAACAAACGAAACGAUGGCUCACUUAAUACCGGCAGCAUUAAUAGGCAAAGGAGAUAUCUUAUUUGGUAACUUAGAGGAUAUUUACAUUUUUCAUGGGGAAACAUUUUUAAGAGAUUUAGAGAAUUGUAUUUCCAAUACGGAACUUGUUGCGUUAUGUUUUGUACAAAGGCGUGAAGUAUUCUUCAGAUUGUAUAGUUACUAUUGUCAGAAUAUUCCAAGAUCGGAAAGAUUACGAGAACAAAUACAGAAUGAACCACAGUUUCUUGUGACGUGUCAGCAAAGACUUGGCCAUAAGUUACCCCUUGCUGCAUACCUUCUGAAACCUGUACAACGUAUAACGAAAUACCAAUUGUUAUUGAAAGAUCUCUUGAAAUACAGCGAUGAACCAUCGUGUUGCACUGAACUACAAGAAGCCUUGGAUUGCAUGCUUGUUGUAUUAAAAUGCGUUAACGAUAGCAUGCAUCAGACAGCAAUUACUGGGUUUGGUGGAGAUCUAAAUGCACAAGGUGAGCUCUUGUUACAAGGCUCUUUUAGCGUAUGGAGUAGCAGUAAGCGAGAAAGACUUCUCAGGUUAAAACCAUCUCAGCGCCAUAUUUUCUUGUACGAGAAGGCUCUUAUAUUUUGUAAGCACAGUAAGCCACAAGCUCAUAAUAAAGCUACAUACCAUUUCAAAAGAUAUCUGAAGAAUCCGUCAAGGGUGAUGCAAGACGGUUUGAAAUUUGGCUUCAAGGUAGAGCUGAAGUUCAUACGAUUCAAGCAUCCACUAUUGAGGUAA